AUGGUGCUGCCCACCUGCCCCAUGGCGGAGUUCGCGCUGCCACGGCACAGUGCGGUCAUGGAGCGCCUCCGCCGGCGCAUCGAGCUGUGCCGGCGCCACCACAGCACCUGCGAGGCUCGUUACGAGGCUGUAUCGCCUGAGCGCCUGGAGCUCGAGCGCCAGCACACCUUCGCCCUGCACCAGCGCUGUAUCCAGGCCAAGGCUAAGCGCGCUGGCAAGCACCGGCAGCCGCCCGCCCCGGCCGCAGCCCCGCCUCCGGCCCCGCGCCUCGACGCUGCCGACGGCCCCGAGCACGGCCGCCCCGUCGCGCAUCUCCACGACACAGUAAAGAGGAGUCUCGAUAAUACCUCCUCCCCACAGAAUGGCGAUCAGCAGAAUGGCUAUGGAGACCUCUUUUCUGGGCAUAAGAAGACCCGCCGGGAGGCUUCCCUGGGAGUAACUGUCUCUUCAAAUGGCCUGCCUCCAGCCUCCCCCCUCAGUCAGCCUGAUGAGCCUGGUGCAGAGGCCCUGCAGGCCAACGGGAAGCACUCACUAGGCUUAGACUCCAUGAACAAGAAGUGUCUGGCAGACUCAGGCCUCCACCUGAAUGGAGGCAGCAACCCUGGUGAAUCAUUUCCUCUGAGCCUGAAUAAAGAGCUGAAGCAGGAGCCUGUCGAUGAUUUGCCUUGCAUGAUCACAGGGACUGGAGGCUCCAUAUCGCAAAGCAACCUCAUGCCUGACCUCAACCUUAACGAGCAGGAGUGGAAGGAGCUCAUCGAGGAGCUGAACAGGUCAGUGCCCGAUGAAGACAUGAAGGAUCUGUUUACUGAGGACUUUGAAGAGAAGAAGGACCCAGAAUCUUCUGGUUCUGCCACACAGCCCCCCUUGGCACAGGACAUUAAUAUUAAGACAGAAUUUUCUCCAGCAGCCUUUGAACAAGAACAGUUAAGCUCUCCACAAGUGAGGGCUGGGUCUGUAGGACAUACCUUUAUGGGACCUUCAUCUGGGCCUGUGAGCACAGAUUCACCCAGCCUAGGGGGUUCUCAGCCUCUGUUCCACACCUCUGGUCAGCCCAGGACAGAAAAUCCCAGUCCCAACCUGAUGCUGGCAUCAGCCCAGGCCCAAAAUGCACAAAGAGCCAUCUCCAGUGUGAUGUUGCCUAGCCAGGGUCCAGGAGGUGCCUCAGAGCUGUCCUCUGCCCACCAGCUCCAGCAGAUCGCCGCCAAGCAGAAACGUGAGCAGAUGCUCCAGAAUUCACAGCAGGCUGCCCCAGCACCAGCUCCAGGCCAGAUGUCUACAUGGCAACAGACAGGCCCCUCCCACAGUCCCUUAAAUGUUCCUUAUACCAUGGAGAAGCCAGCCAGCCCUCCUGGCUAUAAGCAAGACUUCACCAACUCCAAACUGCUCAUGAUGCCCAGUGUGAACAAGAGCUCCCCUCGUCCUGGAGGCCCCUACCUUCAGCCCAGCCAUGUAAACCUGCUGAGUCACCAGCCACCAAGUAACUUGAGUCAGAAUGCCAUGACUAACCAAGGGUCAAUGCUGGACUAUGGCAACACCAAGCCUCUUUCUCAUUACAAAGCAGACUGUGGGCAAGGUGGCCCUGGGGCUGGCCAGAGCAAGACAGCCCUGAUGGCUUAUCUUCCCCAGCAGCUGCCUCAUCUGAGCAAUGAGCAGAACUCCUUGUUUCUGAUGAAACCAAAACCAGGAAAUAUGCCUUUCCGAUCUCUGGUUCCACCUACUCAGGAGCAGAACCCUCCCAACGUCCCUGUGCCAGCCCAGGCCUCCAGUGUGGGGACCCAACCAUCCACUGCAUCGGUGGCCAGCACUCACAACAGCACACCCUAUCUCAGUGGCCAGCAGCAGGCAGCUGUAAUGAAGCAGCAUCAGUUGCUUUUGGAUCAACAGAAACAGAGGGAACAGCAGCAAAAGCAUUUGCAGCAACAGCAGUUCUUGCAAAGACAGCAACAUCUUCUGGCAGAGCAGGAGAAGCAGCAGUUUCAGCGCCAUCUGACUCGCCCACCACCCCAGUACCAAGACCCAACACAGAACACAUUCCCACAGCAAGUUGGACAGUUCACUGGGUCUUCUGCUGUUGUACCUGGUAUGAACAACUUGGGUCCAUCUAACUCCAGCUGUCCUCGGGUAUUCCCUCAGGCCGGGAGUCUGAUGCCAAUGGGCCCUGGACACACUUCAAUUUCCUCUCUCUCAAACUCAGGCCAGCAGGACCAGGGUGUGGUUCAGUUCACUGGCUCCCAGAGCAUGCCGCAGGGUAACCUCUAUGGCAUGGCCUCCAGCAUAACCCAGAUAGUUGCCCAGCCCCCACCACAGGCCACCAACGGACAUGCCCACAUUCCAAGGCAGACCAGCAUGGGCCAGAACACCUCAGUCUCAGCUGCCUAUGGACAGAACUCUCUGGGGAGCUCUGGCCUCUCCCAACAGCACAAUAAGGGGACUCUGAACUCUGGUUUAAGUAAGCCACAGGUCCCAAGGGUGUCGGCGACCAUGGGAGGCCAGAAUCCCUCCUGGCAACAUCAGGGAAUGCCGAACCUGAGUAGCCAGACCCCAGGGAGCAACACUGUCAGCCCAUUCACUGCAGCCUCCAGUUUCCACAUGCAGCAGGCCCACCUGAAAAUGUCCAACCCGCAGUUCUCCCAGAUGAUACCCAGUAGGCCCAUGGCCCCCAUGAGCUCAGCAGCUGCAGCAGGGCCCAUGUUGCCUCCCGUGAGUGCGCAGCAGAGGACUAGUGCCCCUGCCCCAGCACCUCCCCAGGGAGCUCCACAACAGGGCUUGCCAGGCCUGAGCCCUGGUGGGCCUGAGCUGGGGGCCUUUAGCCAGAGCCCUGCCCCACCCAUGGGUGGCCAGGCAGGGUUACACUGCACCCAAGCCUACCCUGUGCGGACUUCAGGCCAGGAGCUUCCCUUUGCCUAUAGUGGGCAGCCAGGUGGCAGCGGGCUGACCAGCAUGGCUGGGGACACCGAUCUGAUCGACUCCCUGUUGAAGAACAGGACUUCGGAAGAGUGGAUGAAUGAUUUGGACGACCUUUUGGGGCCUCAGUAAUGGGAGGAUUUGUGGUGUUUUCAGUGUUCGUACAUCCUGUAUUUUUGUUCUUAUAUUCAACAAUGAGCAACUAUUUGGACCAAAAGCCUACAGCCUGGGGUGCUGGGUGGAUAGAGCAGUCUGAGGCUGAGGUCCCACCUGGCCAAGAUCUGCAGAUCCCUCUGCUCCAACCCAAUAGUUGUGGUCUGUUGGGCAGGCCCCAGACCCUCUGCUGGCAUCAUUACCUGGUGUUGGGAAAGCAUGACAGGGUUCUACAGGUGGUUUUCUAUCCAAAUGACCAAAAAACCAACAGUGAAACCCCACAACAUCAAGCUUAUAAAAAUCUGUGCCAAGUUGACUUAAUCCAAGAUUUCUCCACUUGCCCCAAUGUUGGGGACAGGUUUUUGAAACUUUAUACAGCAGAACUAUUUACAAUUUGUACAAUAGAAAAGAAAAAAAUUUUAAAAGGUUUUAAAACUGUAGGUGGUGGUUUAAGUUGAUUAAGUGGCAUUGGAAACCUAGGGCUUCCUUUUAAGAGCCUUUUUUAUUCUUGCUCUUUUGUCAGCUUUCAGGGGACAGGGAGCAUCACUGGAAAAUCAUUCGUAAGUAAAGUCUGUGACUGCAUGUGCCAAAAAGGCACAGAAUGCUGUGAGGUGGCAGAGCUAGUGACAAAGGUGCAGUCUUUUUAGCAGCCCCUCCUUCCAGAAUGCUGUUCUUCCAGGUUGGCAUUUCUGAAGACCCUGGUGGAGGAAUCCCUUUCUCUCAUGCGCUGGUAGCAGGACCCAGGCUAAAUGCCCAAAUGGGAUGUUUGGGAGUCCUAUGUCCCCUUUUGUUGUAACUUCCCGCCUUUUGCAGUUAUUUUCUCUAACAACAUGUAUUUAACAUAUUAGAAGGUGAUCAUUGUUGAGUUGUGCACAGAUGUUUUUCCUUCACCCCAUCUUCCCUUUCCAUGACCUUUUUUUCUACUUCCCCUUUUCUCUCUCUCCAGCCCAACUAGAAAACCUCUUCAAGGCAAUGAUUUACUAGAUGGGAGGGGAAAAGAAAGAGUCAUUGAAAUUCCUUAGGGAGACCUAGCAUUGCUGGGAGGACAAGUAUCCCUCCCAGAAAGGAAAGCUUUGGGGAAGGAGAAUAAGGUGUGCCCUAUUUGGCAGGGAGGCACAGGCACAGGCCAGGUCAGAGAAAGGAAUUCCACUUUGUUUUUACUCUUGCCACUCCCAUGUCAGAUGACUUGCACUUUUAAAGAGAAUUGCUUUAUAACACUAAUACAUCCUUUCUAAAGAUUCAAGUGGAUUUCUCUUUUAAGGUCUAUGAAUUAAUGGACUUAACUAAGCUAAGAGUUCACAAAACCUGUGGGCUGUUUGUGGAAAAUGAAGGUGGAGAGAGCACUUUGGUAUAAAGAAAGCAAAAUGAUAAGCACAGGGCAAGACCCUUUCACACAGUAUUGGAGAGAAAAUGAUACACUGAAAAGAGGGGCUGUAUGCAGAGUGGUCUCUGGAGAAACUGCAACUCCAUUUCCCUGGAGUCUCAAAACAAUUCAAAGAAUAUCAUAUGUAAAGAAUUGAGCCAAGGAAAAUAUUCAUGUGACCAGCCUGAGUGGCUUUGAUGGAGGGUUGUACACACAUUGGUAAUGAUUUGCACCAGCAGUGCCUUCAUGGGGGUUCUUGGAUCCUCAGAUCCUCUUCUCUAAUAGCCAUUUGCCACCACAAAUGGUGGUGUUGGGCCAUUUCCCCUUUAACUGCCCUGCCUGCCUUUCCCUGAUGCUGAAUUUAGCUCUCAAAGAAGGGAAUGGAUGAGUCAUAGAGCUAGUGAAGUCUCCACCCUCUUGAGUUCCCCAAUCUGAUAGGGAAGAGGGUGACUUCAGCAGAUUUUCUACCAAAAAUAGUGGGCUGAAGGCUAAUUGUGGGCCCUUGUUCCUGUCUGAUCUCUCUCAGGCUGCUGCUCACCUCCGUUCCCAGGGCAUUCCACCUCCCCUCCUGGGGAGGGCUGCCACAGCCUUAGUCCUAGGGCCACCUAGAUAGACAGUAGGCUUCUCACUGCUGUAGUGUCAGAGCAAUAAAAUGUGAUGCUUGCGGG